GACAUCUCCCACUUGCUGGCUAGCACCUUUGAGGACCUGUACACUGGAGAUGUCAUCGGUGAGGACAUGGUGACAAAUUGGAUCAAGUCCCGAGGAGGAGACAAUGUUUAUCAUGAAAGUUUUACAGAGGAGCUGCAGAAGCUUCUUGCUGAGUAUAAGCAACGACUGACAGAAGCUGACAUAGUAGAAGAGAAGAUCAUUCAGGCCAGAAAUCGAGCAAAAGCUGAAGAAGAAAGAGCCUUAAAUGUGCUGAAGGCAAAUGCAGGAGAAGAUUUCCACAAAAUGGGAUUGCCACCAGUGGCAUCCUCUUUUAGGUGGAUUGUGGAUAAUGAACUUCUCAGAAAAAAUAAUUUAACCUGCCCUGAUGAUUACAUCCCUGAUAAAUUACCUAUUACUAGAGCACCAAAAGGAAAAUCAGAACCUGGCUAUGUCAAGGAGACAUUUAGUUUUAAGCAGCAUGUUUCUUCAGGCUCACGGGACCAGGUGUCUGUGGAGGUUGCAAACCUACAGAAAAUAUCUGUUAAUCUGUCAAAUGUGUCUCUAGGCACAUUAACCCUGCCUUCAACUCCAGACUCUAGCCACCAGACUAAAAGGCCAAGCAAGAAAACUGAUGCCUCCCAGACAUCAGCCUGGAAGGACAGUAAAAGCAAAGAAGAUGAAGAAAGUGAACGUGCUCACCUUGCCAAACUGGAGAAAAGGCAGAACUACUUAAAGAACCCUCGCUUCUUCCCACCAAAUGCUCUCCAUGGAGGCAAAUCUCUUGUCAUUUCUCAAGAAAAGGUGGAACAAACCAUAGCCAGAAGAAAAGCAGAAGACAAUAAAGGUGAUACCUCGUUUGUUCCCGUGUUUCUUGCCAACCCACCUACUGUUCUGUUUGCUGAUUAUGAAGUUGGCCAAGUUUAUGAGAUGACUAUAGAGCUGCAGAACAUCACUUCAACAAGUCAUUAUAUGAGACUUAUUCCCCCUGCUACUUCAGCAUUUGCCAUUGGGCCAGGAAAAUUUCCAGGAAAGGGAGGAAUGAUUGCUCCUGGGAUGACAUGCCAGUAUACAGUCCAAUUUAUUCCUGAAUAUCUAGGAGAUUAUGAAGAUUGUAUAUUAGUGGAAACUCAAACAUCAGAACCUCUUCUGAUCCCAAUCCAAGCUAAAAGACCACCUCCAGGGCUAACAUUGCCUCACGUUAUAGACUGUGGUUCCUGUCUUGUUGGAGGAAUAAAGGUGACUACUGUUUUGUGCAGAAAUGAGGGAACAAGCACCAGGAAGUUCUGUAUCAUGCCAAAGAAAGCCUGGCCACCUCCUGAUUGCAGGGCUGUUGCCACUGCUGGCUUUGUGCUACAAGAUCCUUUUGGGAUCCAGCCUCCUGUUUUUGAGCUAGCUCCAGGGCAAAGCACAACAGUAGAGGUAGUGUUUUUCCCUUCUGUCCCAGAAGUCUCACAGCAAACAUACACCAUUGUUCAUGACAAUUGCCAGCUCAAAGAUGUUACAGUCACAGGGCUUGGACAGUUGAUAGCUCUGGAGCUUUUGUUUAUCACGGAUGGAGAAAACAAACCUGACCCUGUUGAAGUUACUGGUGUAACAUCACAGCAUCUGAUAGGAUUUGAGCCCCAGCACCCACACACCACUGAGGAGAAGAAACUGCUUAUAAGAAACUCUACCCAUGUAGAACUUCCUUUCUACUGGCAGAUAAUGAAGCCUAAUGUGAAACCAUUAAUACCAGAAGAAACUGCAGACUCUAUGAAGCUCAAAUGCAAUCGAGACACAGAAUCAGCCUUCUCCCUAAAUCCUGAGCAGGGAGUUUUGCUUCCACAUGUGGAUCACGAGUUUAUUCUCACUUACACUCCCCAGGAGCUGAAGAGUUAUCACAGUGUGAUUCAGCUGGUACUGAGGGACGUCCCAGAAUCACCUUGCUCAGGAAAAGAGGGGAUGCUUCAAAACAUCCCAGAAUACAAAGCAGAAGAUGUCAUAGUGCUGGAAAUAGAAGUCAAAGGAUCAACAGAACCAUAUCAUCUUCUUCUGGAACCAUAUGCCAUUAUUGUCCCUGGAGAAAACUUUAUUGGUGUAAAUGUCAGGAAAACAUUUAAGAUGUGGAAUAACAGCAAAUCAUUGAUCAAGUACACGUGGGAGAAAAUCGUGUCCUGUGACAUCAUGGAAGUUGAACCUCAUACUGGCAUCAUAGAUAGGAAUAAAUGCUGUGAAUUUGAACUGGCAAUUACUGGAAGCAAACCUGGGUGUGUCAGCCAUGACCUGCAGUGCAACAUUGAACACUGUCCUGAGCCAGUUGUGCUGCAUGUUGAGGCUGCUUUUAAGGGUCCACUUCUUCGCAUCGAUGUUCCCUCACUCUGGUUGGGUUUGACUAAGCAGGGUGAGAGUGUGUUAAGAACCUUUGAGAUUAAAAAUCUGUGUCAGCUGCCAGCACGGUGGAGGAUGCAAGAAAGCCAGGUUUGUCUGGCUGAAAGGAGGGAAGAGGUAUCUCCUUUUACCAUUCAACCAUCUGCUGGAGAAAUACCUCCUCUGGGUGUAUGCAGUGUGUCAGUUCAGUUCACAUCCUUGCUGUGCCAGCGCCUCCAGACAGUGUUAGAACUAGAGGUAGAAAAUGGAGAAGGAAGUCAUCUUCCUGUUUUUGUUGAAGUUCAGACCCCCCAGGCGUGCCUGAUAUCUAGUCAUCUAGCAUUCACUGAAAUUUAUACUGGAGUUCCUGCCAAAGCAACCAGCAAACUUUUUAACCAGACACUGCUGCCAGCAAAAUUCUUAUGGGGAAAGUUUAAUACUGUUACCACUUGUCCUAUCACAACAGACCCUACUAAAAAGAAGGUGACCCAGCCAG